AACAGGUGAAGUUCAGUGUUGUUUGGGCUGACAGUCGAUAAACAAUCAUUCCCACAAUAAACUAAUUUCUGACCAUUGAACAUUUCAAUACGACACAAUGGCCUGCGUUUGUGAAAUGAUAGGGCUUGCCUGUUUAGUGGCGCUCUUUAUGAGUUUUUCAAAUAAAGCACCAUAUCAAUUAAAAAUGGCCAUAUUUCUAAUUGGUAAUGGUAUCAUCGUACUUAUUUGCAUACCAUUCAUGAUAUUAAGACCCAGAGACUAUAGAAAUGCAUUCGCUCCUGCCUGGGGAUGCAGACAACUGUGCAAAGCUUUGGGUGUAACCAUGGAACUACGCGGUUUGGAGAAUAUUCGCAAAGAUCACGGUAGCGUAGUCUUAAUGAAUCAUCAGAGUGCUUUGGAUUUGUGCGUACUCGCAUAUCUCUGGCCUGUUAUUGGCCGAGCCACAGUCGUUUCCAAAAAAGAAGUUCUAUAUCUACCAUUCUUUGGUUUUGGCUCAUGGUUGUGGGGUACUCUGUUUAUAAAUAGAUCUCGUAAAACCGAUUCCAUCAAUGCCUUACAAAAGGAAUCGAAAGCCAUCAACGAAAGAAACUGCAAACUUUUGCUAUUCCCCGAGGGAACACGUAAUUCUAAGGAAACAUUGCUGCCUUUUAAAAAAGGAUCAUUCCACAUUGCACUUCAAAGUCAAUGUCCAAUCCAGCCAGUUGUCAUUUCCAAAUACUGGUUCUUAAACGGCGAUAAGAAAAUCUUCCGACCAGGUCAUGCCAUUAUCCAUAUUCUGCCCGAAAUACCCACGGCCGGAUCCAAGAAAGAAGACAUGGAUGCGGUAAUAGAAAAAACGUACAACAUCAUGCAAUCCGAAUACACAAAACUCAGUCAGGAGGCAAAGGCUCUCAAUACCAAGAAACAUGUUUAGUUUG